AUGGUGUUCUUUGCCAUCCAUGGAUCAGCUAGGCUUCUUAAAAUAAGUCUAAUGCUAGCAUGGUAUAUGAAUGCUAUAUGGUUGGGCUUAAUGGAGGUAAUUCAUAUUGUAGUGUAUUUAUUCCAAAUCCCACAUUCUUUGGAUGGAGAAACGGGUCACAAGAAUUAUCGGAGCAAGGGUUCAUUAGUCUUAAAAAAUUAUGAAAGGCAAGAUGCAACUCUACUUAGAUUGAGAUGUUGGGGAGUUCAUUAUUCCAGUUCCUCAUGUCAAACAAGCGAAGGUGGGCGGCUUGUAAUUUCAAGUGAUGGAGUAUGGGAUGCUCUUUCCACUGAAUCAGCUCUAGAAUGCAGUCACAGAUUGGCUCUGAAAUCAGCAGCAGCACAAAUUGAAUCAACUCUGGAAUGCAGUCGCGGAUUGGCUCUGGAAAAUUGUCAAAUUACGGAAACAAAAAAAAUGUCAAAUUUGUAAUAAAAUAUUAUGCAAUGGAUUCUAUUUUUUGUAUAUGACAUUUUGUAUGACAUUAAAUUAUGAAAUGGAUUAUAUUUUUUGUAUA